AUGAAUAUUGCUGGCAAUGUACUGUUAUUGAGUUACUUCAGAAGACAGCUGAAGCAAUCUUACUCUAUUAUGGCAAUGGCACACUGUAAGCAUAUUACAGUCAACACUGAUAAUAUGAAGCUCAUUCUUGACAUCAGUGCCAAAAUCAGGUUGAACUAUUUCAGCCUGAUUGAUGCACCUGAUUACUCUGCCCCUGCCACCACCAUUCACCACCUGUGUGCUGCCCCUGCUCCACCACCACCACCACCACCCACCACCACCUCCCUGCCUUCCCUCAGCACUAUCAGAGUCUCCACCCAUCAAAUGGUGGGUAUUAGAGCCCCUGUCUGGUUUACAAAGCCAGUUCUGGAGGAGCAGAAAAAGAAGAAGGAGAAGAAGAAGAAGAAAAAGUAG